CGCCGGCAGGCUGUGGUAGUCAGCGGCACCCAGUCAAGCUACGUGAGUGUGCGAUCGGGCGUCCCACAGGGCACGGUGAUAGGUCCAAGCCUCUUCAUCGUGUACAUUAACGAUCUACCGCAGAGGAUCUCGUCCCCUUCCCGACUAUUCGCGGACGACACCGCUGUGUACCGGCUGAUCUCCUCUCCCAAAGACCCCCCAAAGCUUCAAGAGGAUCUCAACAAGCUGGAGGACUGGGAGAGGGAGUGGGACAUGUCCUUCCACCCAGACAAGUGUUAUCAGCUACCCCUGACGAGAGCUAGAAAACCACCGAUCGCAAAUCCCAGCUACACCCUCCAUGGUCACACACUAGCACGAGUAUCCUCUACCAAGUACCUGGGUGUUACGCUUCAGACAGACCUUUCCUGGCGCAUGCACAUCGACAAUACAUACUCCAAGGCCAACAGGACAUUGGGCUUCUUAAGGCGAAAUCUUAGAGUGUGCUCCAUCAAAACCAAAGAGCUUGCAUAUAAAGCCUUGGUCCGCCCAAUUGUGGAGUAUGCCUGUUGUGUAUGGGACCCCUACACCGACGCUGACACAAAUAAGAUCGAGAAAAUCCAACGAAGGGCAGCACGCUUUGUUCUGAACAGACACCGAAACACCUCUAGUGUCUCUGACAUGUUGGACGAGUUACAGUGGGCUUCUCUCCAAGGCCGCCGCCGUACCACCAGACUCGCCAUGAUGUACAAGAUCCAGCAUGACCUUGCAUGUGUGAGAUGCGACGCCUUGAAGCCCGUGUCUGGCAGCAGGAGAAGUCGGAGAGGCCACAGUCAACAGCUCCAGGACAUAACUUGCCGCACGAACUACAAACACUAUUCCUUUCUUCCUCGCACUAUCCGCGAUUGGAACGCCCUGCCCACAGACACUGUCCAAUCCCCGUCCCUGGCCACCUUUGUCUCGAGGGUGUCCAGUCCGGCCUAGACUCAGUCACGCUGGUGACCUUCGACCCGAGACAUGUCAAUUAUUGCCGGUAUCGGCAGUUGGACAUUACCGGAAG